UUAAUUACAAGUACCCAGUUUGUAAGCGUACAUUUAGUAGUUGUUCAGGGUAUAGCCAGUAUAUUAAUAUUUGUGAUCAAUCUAUUAGUGAUGCAAGUGAUGAUUCUAUUAUGGAUAUUAAUGAUGUUUCGCUAGAAAGUGAAGAGAUUUUUAAUUCUAUUGAA